AUGUCAUCAUCCCAUCUCCUGUCCCGCGCUACCGAGGACUCAAUCUCGGCUGGGAAGCGCAACAUUGCCAUUGCCGAAGUCGUGAUCUUUUCUCUCAUUCAGAUUGUUCAAGUAUCACUUCGAUAUAUGCAAGAGUGGCGGUAUUGGCAUCAUAGGAAGAGGAAAAGCCCAGUGCGAUGCGUCCUCUAUUCCUGGUUUAGCAUGGUUGGUCUGCUGUCGCAGAUUCGAAUAGCUAGUUCCGCUAUGAUACUCUCUACAUCCACCCCGAAUGAAUCCAUUCUCACCGCUGAGUUGUCCAUGCAAAGCGUGGGCCUCUCGCCUCUUUUAUUCGAAGUCAGCCUUGUUCUUCUGCGAUGUGGCGAAGCCGGCGAAUUUGGACCGGGAAAUUCAAAAUACACCAAGGCAAUGCGUGUACUGCUGCAUGGUUUCCGGUUCCCUAUCGCCGUUGCCAUCGUUUUGGCGGUCGUGGGAGGAAUCAUCAAGAUGCAUGCACUUGAGGUAGCCGGCUCCAUUGUUUUCAUCGUCACUUUCGUUUUUGUCUGUGGCUUGAUUGCUUGGCUUGCGGUGAAGUCCCGUACAACUCUGACUCUGGCCGGCCACCAUGGUAUCCUACUGAUUCUCUGCGCCUUGCCGUUCUUGCUGGUUCGGGUCAUUUACUUCUUGUUGCUGGAGUAUGGACCCGUGAAGUUCAACCCAGGCUAUGGUGAUGUUGGCAUCCUCGCUGGUAUGGGGCUGUUGAUGGAAGUCUUCGUCGUCUCUUUGCUUGUGACGGCUCGAACCGUGGCAGAGCCUAUUUUCGGGCCAGCGGAUAUCAAGCACGUCGUAUCUCACGACGAAGAGCGGACUGGAAAUUGA